UUAUUAUACUUACAUGAAACAAGACUGACAAGAAAGAAAAACUUUAGUUCUAAACAUAUUUCUGUCUCGUCACGAGAAGAGAUUAUUACGUUAUGGCUUCAUCAGUAGCACUGUCGUUUACCGUACACUCAGAAUGUAGUGUCACAAGAGCGCGGGCCGGCCUUAUGAAAUUACCUCACUAUCAUGUAAAAACUCCAGUCUUCAUGCCAGUAGGAACUCAGGGUACCAUGAAAGGUUUACUUCCAGACCAACUGGAAUCCCUAGAUUGUGAAAUUAUUUUAGGAAAUACCUAUCAUUUAGGUAACAGACCAGGUAUAUCCAUUUUAGAGAAAGCUGGUGGAUUGCAUAAAUUCAUGGGUUGGAAUCGAGCUCUCUUAACAGAUUCAGGGGGCUUUCAAAUGGUCUCAUUACUAAAACUGGCUGAGAUUACAGAAGAAGGUGUCAAAUUUAAAUCCCCAUAUGAUGGAUCAGAAAUAAUGUUAACCCCAGAAAAGUCUAUCGAAAUCCAAAAUCACAUAGGUGCGGAUAUAAUAAUGCAACUAGACGACGUUGUCCAAACAACAUACCAAGAUUACCACAGAAUUAAAGAGGCAACAGAGAGAACAAGCAGAUGGCUGGAUCGCUGUCUCAAAGCACAUAAGAGGCCCACUGAACAAAGUAUAUUCCCCAUAGUACAAGGAUUGUUGAAUAGUCAGUUAAGGGAACAAAGUGCAAGAGAGCAUAUGAAAAAGGAUGUCAAUGGAUUUGCAAUAGGGGGUCUAAGUGGUGGUGAAGCAAAAGAUGACUUUUGGCCAAUGGUAAGCCUUGGCACUAGCUUGCUAUACAAAACAAAACCACGGUAUUUAAUGGGGGUUGGUGUGGCUAUUGAUUUAGUUGUAUGUGUAGCUCUUGGUGUUGAUAUGUUUGAUUGUGUGUACCCGACACGUACUGCGAGAUUUGGAUGUGCUCUUGUGAAUCAAGGACAGCUGAACUUGAAACAAAAACAAUUUCAGACUGAUCUAAACCCAAUUGACAAAGACUGUGAUUGUAGUACUUGCAAAAAUUACACAAGAGCUUACCUUCAUUGUAUUGUAUCUGCAGAAACAGUGGCUUGUCACCUUAUUUCAGUACACAACCUUGCGUUUCAGAUGUGUUUAAUGCGUACAAUGCGUAAGAAUAUUGAACAAGGAACGUUUCCAGACUUUGUAAGAAACUUUGUAAAUGAGCUAUAUCCUAAAAAAAAAUAUCCAUCCUGGGUAAGAAACUCACUCUUAUCUGUUGGAAUAAACUUAAACAAAGAUUAA